UUCAUCAAGGCAAAGCUCUUAUCUUUAACAACAACCUUACAUGUCAGCAUCUUCGAAAAGUGUGCCAUCUUCCUCUUAACAAGACUUCCAGAUAAACAAACGGAAAACGAGAAAACGAAAAAGGAAAGGACCCACGUCAGCUUUCCCAUGGAUUCAUCCAAAGCUCAACGUCGACUUAACGCCAUUCACGGCCACCUCGUCUCCGCCGGUUCUCAUUCCGAACUCCGUGUUAACCCAACCGCCGGCGAGUUCGCCUCCGGUACGUUGGUGUAUAUGUACGGUUGAGAAGAAAAAUGAUAUAGGCUUUUGUUGGUCUGGUUUUCUUUUUUAACUUUCUUUUGGGUAAAUGAAAUGGUCCUUUUGCUGAAAAAAUAUAAGCUUUUUGUUUUUAUUACUAUAAAUAUACGUUUUUGGGUCUGGGCUUUUGGUUUUGAUUCUUAUUUAAAUAUUUGAUGUAAUAAAGUUUUCAUUUUUUUGAUUGCUCUUUUUGAUUCUGAUGUGGAGAACAAAAAAAAGGUUCUUACUUUUCUGAUCUGAGAAUUCUUUUAGGAAGCUUACUGUUGAUUGUUGAGUAAAAUUUGUUGAUCAUAGGUUUGCUAAAAAGGAGAGGCUUUGACAGAUACAAUAUCUUUCUUUCUUUGUUGUUUUUUUGGAUUUCCAAUCAUUUGGACAUCAUAGUCGAAGGCUUUGCUAAGGGGAAAGAUUUGCACUUGCCUUUCGAGUGUCAUUUUCCCUCAGCAUGGUCAAUGGGUCAGUUUGCUCAUAUUUGAUGUAACGAACAAGUUUUCUAUGGUCCCAAGAAGCACUUUGAGUGGAAAUUUUUUUUUUUGAAAAACCACUUUGAGUGGAAAUUAGUUUGUGUCAGUGAUGUCGGAUAUAGUUGUUGCUUAACUUUGUACUAUGGUGAUAUUUUGUAUGGAUUGUCGGGAAGCUUCGGUUCUGGUUUGGCCUCCAGAAGCUAGAAACAUGUUAUCCACGGAAUUGAGAAACGUUAUAUUUUAAAGUGUUUUUGAAUUUAACUCCUAUCAUCCAGAGAGCUGGUUGUGAUGCCCGGUUGAAAUGUCUUGAGUUUUGUAAAAAUGAAAGAAAAGAGGUUAGCUGCAAUGGAAUUCAUUACAGGAAUAUUAUUCUAGAGGAUGGCUUUGUCUUAUGUCUACGUAGCCGCAGAUCCAGAAAAUGUAGUUAAACUCUACACAAAUAUGUAAUUUCUCUUUUUCAUUUCAGAAGAUAUUUAGCAGGAGUUCAUUGUUCUAGAUCAGUCCUUGGGGAAAUAAUAAUUGCUUUCAAGGGUUGUUCCUGUAUAAUGUUGUUGCAUCUUAGUGUGAAUAGUAGUUCAUCAGAUAGAGAAGAUGACACAAGCAAUCAGUUUUGGAAUUUGUCUAUAAGCUAGUCUCUUCUAAAUCUGCAAUUUUUUGUUAAGUGAGAGCAGAAAUGAUGAUCUAUGCAUGGUGGUUGUUGAGAUGCUGAUGACAUAACUCCAUUUAUUAGUAAGCAGGAUCUAUGGGCCUGGCUGGCAUGUUUGUGAGUUGUGGGUGGGGUUGAUUGGAUUAUUUGCUACCUAUCAAAAGAAAAAACAUUGUUUGUAGUGGUCUCUUCGUAGAAAUGUCAUUAGAGGUUAAAAGAAUGAUUUGAGUUUGAAUUUGAAGUAAUGACCGCAUGGAAAUGUGGAAAGAGCUGGUUUGUGGGAACUCACCAUCUAUUUUGGGACAGAGGAAGGGCUGCUAGCAGCUGAUAGCCAAUUUAUCCAUUAACAGGGUUAUAGUGUUGUGCUGCCAGAGAAAUUGCGGACAGGAAAAUGGAAUGUAUACAGAUCUGCUCACUCUCCAUUGAAGCUCAUGAGUAGAUUUCCUGAUCAUCCUGAUAUCGGUACAUUGCACGAUAAUUUUGUACAUGCAGUUGAUACCUUCCGAGAUUACAAAUAUCUUGGCACAAGAAUUCGAGUUGAUGGAACAGUUGGAGAGUACAAAUGGAUAACAUAUGGAGAAGCUGGUACAGCUCGGGCCACCAUAGGUUCUGGCCUAAUAUAUCAUGGAAUACCAAAGGGCUCUUGUGUUGGAAUAUAUUUCAUCAAUAGACCUGAGUGGCUCAUUGUUGAUCAUUCCUGCUCUGCAUAUUCCCUUGUAUCAGUUCCUUUAUAUGACACUCUAGGCCCGGAUGCUGUCAAGUACAUUGUAAAUCAUGCAGAUGUGAAAGCUAUAUUUUGCGUGCCUCAAACAUUGAGUUCUUUGCUGAGCUUUUUGUCUGAGAUUCCAUCUGUGCAGCUGGUUGUGGUGGUUGGAGGAAUGGACAAUGAAGUGCCUUCACUGCCACCAUCAACUGGCGUUCAGGUUGUUACAUAUUCAAAAUUAUUAAGUCAGGGCCACAGUAACCUUCAGCCUUUUUGCCCACCAAAGCCAGAUGAUGUUGCAACCAUUUGCUACACUAGUGGUACAACUGGAACACCAAAGGGAGUUGUGUUGACCCAUGAAAAUUUGAUUGCAAGUAUUGCUGGAUGCUGCAUUUCUACAAAAUUUAACCCCUCAGACAUUUACAUAUCUUAUCUUCCUUUGGCACACAUUUAUGAACGAUCUAAUCAGAUCAUUUCAGUGUAUUUUGGAGCUGCAGUUGGAUUUUACCAGGGGGAUAACAUGAAAUUAAUGGAUGAUAUGGCUGCUCUACGACCCACUAUAUUCUGCAGUGUCCCUAGACUGUAUAACAGAAUUUACGCAGGUAUUCUGAAUGCUGUAAAGACAUCUGGUCCCCUAAAGGAGAGACUUUUUAAUGCUGCCUACAAUUCUAAGAAGCAAGCAAUUAUGAAUGGAAAGAGUCCAUCUCCCAUGUGGGACAGACUGGUGUUCAACAAGAUAAAAGCCAAACUUGGAGGUCGCGUUCGUUUUAUGGGUUCAGGUGCAUCACCCUUGUCUCCUGAUGUCAUGGACUUCUUGAAGAUCUGCUUCGGUGGUCGAGUAGUGGAAGGUUAUGGAAUGACUGAAACUUCAUGUGUCAUAAGCUGUAUUGAUGAGAGUGACAAUCUUUCUGGCCAUGUUGGCUCUCCUAAUCCAGCUUGUGAAAUAAAGCUUGUGGAUGUUCCAGAAAUGAACUACAUGUCUGAUGACCAUCCCUAUCCUCGUGGAGAAAUCUGUGUGAGGGGUCCAAUUGUUUUCCGAGGUUAUUACAAAGAUGAAGUGCAGACGAGAGAAGUUGUUGAUGAAGAUGGAUGGCUUCAUACUGGAGAUAUAGGGCUAUGGUUACCUGGAGGUCGUCUAAAGAUUAUUGAUAGGAAGAAGAACAUUUUUAAGCUGGCUCAGGGAGAGUACAUUGCUCCAGAAAAAAUUGAAAAUGUAUAUGCUAAAUGCAAAUUUAUUGCCCAGUGUUUUAUAUACGGUGACAGCCUUAAUUCUUCAUUGGUAGCUAUUGUCUCAGUGGACCCAGAUGUUUUGAAAGCAUGGGCUGCAUCCGAAGGCAUUAAGUACAAAGAUUUUGGUCAACUGUGCAAUGACCCAAGAGCAAGGGCUGCUGUCCAGGCUGAGAUGGAUGCUGUUGGAAGAGAAGCUCAGCUGAGAGGCUUCGAAUUUGCAAAAGCUGUGACUUUGGUGCUUGAACCAUUCACAAUGGAAAAUGGUCUUCUUACUCCGACAUUUAAGAUUAAGAGACCUCAAGCAAGGGAAUAUUUCGCAAAAGCAAUUUCAAACAUGUAUGCAGAGCUUGCUACAUCAGAUCCCUCUCCUCAGAAGUAGUUGUGAAGGCAAUGCAAUGAAAAAAAUAUAGAAUCCAUGACCAAGCACUCCAAAGCAGAGACGGACUGGCACUACUACAUAAUAAGACAGUGAGAGCCUAAAGUUGUCCUGAUUUACCAAAGCCUCCAACAUAGUCUCAUGUAUGUUUUUAAUCACCUAUCUGAAAAAUAAAAUGGUUGAUUUUUCCUUCUAUUUUUCCCCUUCAAAGUGAGCAUCCCUUCAUUCAGCUACUUAACUGUAAUUAUUCUCUUCAUAAACAGUUGUACACUUAAUAAGGAAUAUAAUUUUUAUCAGGAUCAGGGGACAAUAGGAUUGAGUCAUUGACCUUAUCGUAGAGAUUUAUCAUAUGUGGCAAAUGAUUCAUUCAUAAUGAGCCUUAAAAACACAGCUUGGGAA